AGCGGAAAUGAGCGCCACUGCGCGAAAACUCACGUUUUCCACGCGUCCAGGCGGCCGUGCCGCUUCGUGCUGUUAGCGAGUUGUUGCAACCGUCGUAAUCGUCCCGUGAUAACACAGGCCGCGCGGCUCGUCGGAGAGCGAGCGACUUGUGAUUGUCAAAGAAAUUAGCGCGUCGCGACGUGCACUAACCUCCAUUCGCUCUGUGCCGCCGGUGUCGCGCGCUGGCUCGAGGCUCGCCGACAGGUGUGCGUUAGCGCGAAAAUAUUUCUUCAAUCUCGCCGAUUAUAACGCGAGGCUCGUCAUCAGCUACCCGGAAACGCCGGCCCGCGGUCGUCGGGCGUUUCGCGCGAGUCUCCCGCCGCAAAAUCCAUCCCGGAGGGAAUCUAACCUAUAAGCCGGCCGCAUCGAUACUCCACAGACGGUGAGGAACGUUUCCCUGUGACGCGCGUUCCACUGCCACGUUCGGCCAAGAGCUGCCGGAGUAUUUCUGCGAUAGGCAUUCGCGGUAAAUUAAUUGAGGACACACACAGGGGCUGCGAACAUGCCUACUUGGAAUCAGAUUCAGGCGCAGCUGCGAAACCCGAACAAUCCGGUGGUGUUCUUCGACGUGUCCGUGGGCACCACGGAGAUAGGCCGCAUGAUCUUCGAGCUGUUCGAGGACGUCUGCCCGAAAACGUCGGAGAACUUCCGGCAGUUCUGCACCGGCGAGUACAGGAGGGACGGCGUGCCCCUCGGCUUCAAGGGUGCCAUCUUUCACAGGGUGAUCAAGGACUUUAUGAUACAAGGCGGCGACUUCGUCAACGGCGACGGCACCGGGGUGCUGAGCAUCUACAGCGGCGGCACCUUCCCGGACGAGAACUUCGCGCUCAAGCACGACUCGCCCGGCCUGCUGUCCAUGGCCAACAGCGGCAAGGACACCAACGGCUGCCAGUUCUUCAUCACGUGCGCCAAGUGCAACUUCCUGGACGGCAAGCACGUUGUCUUCGGCAGAGUUAUCGACGGCCUCCUCGUCAUGAGGAAAGUGGAGAACGUGCCCACCGGGCCGAACAACAAACCAAAGAUACCCGUGACGAUAUCCCAGUGCGGGCAGAUGUAGCGACAAGCAUUUCUCUAGGUCCGCGUAUGAACUGUUGGGAGACAAUUGCAUCUGCGCAUAUCUAUUUUUUUUUUUCAACAAAAUACCGUCAGAAUACAGUUUUCGUAGUAUACUAACAGAUUGCUGUUACUUGGGAUUAGAAAUAAAGUUUUACACUUUGAGCGAUGCUCCAUACAGUAUUUUGUACUUAGCUUAGUGUACGAUUCCAAGUUUUACAGUAACAUUGCAUGUAUACUUAAUAAAUCGUGCAGACAUUUGACGAUAUACAUGUAAAAUUAUCGUUAAUUGUUCUCACUUGUCGAUAUAUGUUUAAUAUCUCCCUGAUAUAUACAAGAUUUGCAGGUGUAAAUUAUGUUUGAAACAGCCUCCCAGAAGCGAAAUGUUCUCAGAAAGAGAAAAUAAUGCAUCGCAUAAUCAGAUACGCGUUUAACAGAUAAAUUUCUAAGUAUAACAAAACAAAGUUAAUUUUAUACUACCCGGUAAAACGCCGAGCGUCAAUUAUAUUGCAUUUACAAUUUUGUUAAAAUUUCUCACUCGACGAUGUAAAAUGUAAUGUAAAUGCAAUGUAACUGCUGCUCGGUGUUCGCUGGGUUAUUUUAUACACAUGUGUUAUAUUACACUUGCAUCGUUGAGUGAGAAAUUGUAACAUAACUGCAAUGUACCUGAUGGUUAUUUUAUAAUUUGUGCUAAAAUUCAGAAUAGAAUUUUAUCACUUGCACACAUGUGCUAUUCACAAUGGCGAAUAAAGUUAGAAGAUAGACUUCUCUCCGAAGCAAA